AUGUUAAGCAAGAAGCUCAAGAGGAACCUUUCGGGGAACCAUCAAAGUGCAGACAAUGUCCAGGAGGAGCCAACAGCGAAGGAAACAGAACUCGGAAGCGCCAUAACCUCAAAUUUAUUUUCCGUACCGCUCUGGCAAAAGCUCUAUGAUGUGGAAAUCCGGAUGAAUACUGAGCUCCGGGAGUUGCAAUUUAGUGCCCCCGUUAGUGCUGUGUACAACCCCAUUGAAUAUGCUUCGGAAUUGCAUUGCGCCUAUAUGAGAAAGUUUCUAAACGACAGGAAGCACAUUGUGCUUGUUGGGAUGAAUCCAGGACCAUGGGGGAUGUGCCAAACUGGGGUACCUUUUGGGUAUAUUCCAGCGAUUAGGGAUUGGAUGAGGCUCGAAGGGAACGUUGAGAAACCACCAGGAGAGCUUUCUGUGCGCCCUGUGGAGGGACUGAAUUGUACACGAGCCGAGCAGAGUGGUCAGAGAUUCUGGGGGCUAUUUGAAUCACUCUGUGGACCACCUGAGAAUUUCUUCGAGAACUGCUUUGUCUACAAUCUCUGCCCUUUGGCUUUCUUCCAUUCCUCCGGAAGAAAUAUUACCCCAGCUGAGCUCAAGGUGGAGAUUUUCUUUAACAGGCACAGAGAAACGGAAGCUUCAGGAGAUUUGCAACAAAAGCCUCGCAGAGGCAAUAAAUCUCCUGGAACCUCGAAUUAUCAUCUCAAUUGGACGCUACGUUGA